AUGGGAAAAGUCGUGUUUUUCUCACUUUUAGUGGCUACUAUAGCACUGUUUCUCGGAGAACGCAUCGUUAAUAUAAGGAAAAGAGCACUGGCACAUCGGGAGCUGGAGAAGAACCACCUUCCGAACUGUGUUCUGCUUCCAAACCUGAAUCAAGGGUCCGAGGACAUCACUGUACUUGAAAAUGGACUUGCUUUUAUCAGCACGGGUUUGAGGUAUCCUGGCAUGCCCAGCACAGACACUACUGUGGGCAAAAUGUACAUAUUGGACCUUAAAGAGCAGAGAAUUAAGCCAAUAGAGCUGCGCAUGCCAAGAAACUUUGAUUUGGAAUCCUUUAACCCUCACGGCAUAAGUGCAUACACCAACCCAAGUGAUGGCAGUGUCCGUCUGUUUGUCGUCAGUCACCCAGAGCAGAAAACCCAAAUCGAGGUGUUUACAUUUGUGGAGGAGGACUACUCUCUCGUUUAUGUGAAAACCAUCAGACAUGAACUUCUCUACAGUGUGAAUGAUAUUGUGGCAGUGGGAGCGGAGAGCUUCUUUGCCACCAACGACCAUUAUUUUGAGAAUGAGUUUUUGAGAAGCACGGUAGAGUUGAUUCUGGCUCAGCCUUGGACCAACGUUGUCUACUACAGCCCAACAGAGGUCAAGGUCGUCUCCGAUGGAUACUAUUGCGCAAACGGCAUCAACAUUUCACCAGAUCAAAAGCAUGUGUACGUGGCUGAUGUAUUUGACCACAACGUUCAUGUUUUGGAAAGGAAGCACAAUAAUGAACUGGUGUUUGUGAAAAGCGUGGCGGUGGGAUCCCUGUGUGACAACCUGGAGGUGGACCCCAAAACUGGAGACGUGUGGUCGGGAUGUCACCCCAAUGCAUGGAAGCUUUUUGUCUUCGACCCAAGUGACCCUCCUGGAUCUGAGGUGAUCCGGAUCCAGAACAUUCUGUCAGAGGAGCCUGUGGUGAAGCAGGUGUACGCAGACGACGGUCAGAUCCUCCAGGGGUCGUCUGUGGCUGCUGUGUACGGAGACAAGCUGCUCAUCGGCACUGUGUUCCACAAAGCCUUAAUCUGUGAUCUGAAGUAG